AAAUCCCUUGCAACAUAGAGAGAAAAAAAAGUAGAAGCACGUGAGAAUUUCCCAGACAUUUUCAUCUCUCACCCGUGCCAAACCCAUCAAUAAUUACGCAAUUCUGAAUUAAUGAUGAGACCUUUGAGGAGUUACCGUCUUAUGAUGUGAUGCAACUCUUUUUUCACUUCCCUCUCAUGAAAUGUAACGGCAUAUUCCCCUAAGCAAUUUACCUGUCAUCUAAUUCCACAAUCUUUCUCUUCACUCCGGAAAAAUAUCGAAUCUAUGUGUGUUCUAAAGGUGUAUGAGUUGUCCAUAAGGGAAAACUAUUUUAUUACCGCGAGGGGCUGUUUUACGUGGGAAAUUCGGAGUCAACUGGUAAAACGAUUCAAGUCAACUAUCGCAAUCGUCCAGUUUUCGAUGAAUAUCUCGAGAUCUGAGGCAAAUAGCAAAAUUUGAUUUGGACAUAUUUUCGAAAAACUCAGCCGAGGAAUGGGUAGACAACUCGUUUUACCGCUUCUAAAAUUCUAAGGGAACUGCAAACGAACAAUGGAAUUCUGGAAUCAGCGUCAUUAUAGUUGUCUAAAAGUUUUGUCAUGUUUGUUGGGACUGUGGCCAUAUCAGUCCUCAAGGGAGAUUCUUAUUUAUCGAACGGCCGCUGUCGUGUUAUUUAUUCUUCAAACAACACCUCAGAUAUUAGCACUCAAAAGUUAUUAUUACGACUUUCAACUUGUUAUGGAAUCUAUGACUUAUUUCAUGAUUGAAAUUACAUUUAUAGUAAACUUUGUCACAUAUCUCUUCCAAUUCAAUAAGAUGAGAAAUAUGCUGGAUAUGAUUAGGGAAGAUUGGGGCAUAUUUACGGAAGACAAUGGACUGAGAAUACUUCAUACAUAUGCCAGUCAAGGGCAGAAAUUUUCAGUCUUAUACGCAGGCAGCCUUUACGUCUCCGGCGUCUUCACCACGUUAAAACCUCUGCAGCUGAGACUCAUGAAUAUCCUUUUCAAAUCUAACAUCAGUGUUCCGAAAUUUUUCAUACCGAUGGACUACGGCAUGAUAAAUGUCGAUAAAUAUUACUACGGUCUUCUGUGUCUCUCGGAAAUGUCUGUCAGCAUCAUUGUGGUGAUGGUUCUUGCAUAUGAUCUGUUCUUCUUCCUCUGCGCUCAACAUAUUUGCGGACUAUUCACUGCACUAGGGUAUUGUGCACUUUGUGUUGCUGUUGAAAAAAUUCCAACUGAUUGUCAAUUGUUGGUUGAUGGGACAUAUAACUAUCUGAAGACCUGCGUUACAGUUCAUAAACGUAUACUUAGAUUUGUCAAUCUACUGGAUGAAAUUCUUCGUUGGAAUACUUUCAUCUUGUUAGGAUUCACCAUGAUCGAUCUCAGUAUGAUUGAAUUGCAGCUAGCGCUGCAUUUGGACGACAUUGGAGAAGUUCUGAAGAACCUCGUGUUCAUUGGGAGCGUAAUGACGCGUUUCUUUAUCAUAUGCUUUGUGGCUCAACGAGUAACGGAUCACAGCGUUGAUUUCCAGAAUAAUCUAAUCAAUUCGCGAUGGUGCGAUAUCUCUCUGAAGUCUCGACACUUGAUCAAAUUCUUCAUAAUGAGGAGUCAAAGACCUUGUCAAUUGACCACUGGUAAAGUUCUAGUAAUGUCCUUCCAGUUGUUCACAGUGGUGGUAAAGGCAUCGGGCUCGUAUUUUACAAUGCUCCUGGCCAUGCAAGGACAUUGAAAUGAUAAACUCUCAAAAUAUUAUGAUAAUUAUUGAAAUUAAUUAUUACGAUUCUAUCUCAACAUACGUUAAUGAAAUUCACUGGUGUAAUUUAUUCAAUAAUUCGUUGCUCUGAAUUUCAAAUUUGUUUAAAAUUCAUACUAGAGGUACAUCAUCGCCAAUGCAGGGUUUGCCGACCUCAGCACCACGGCCGAUCAUCGGGACCCCGUUGAAUGUUUUUUGAGGAAUCAGCUGAUGAUUUGUCAUAUACAUAUGACCACUAGUUUAUUCCUAGGUCCAUGGACAGUGUCUGGGCGAUGAUCGGUACCGAUUGGGCGCAGAUGGAGCUGAGAAUCCAAGGGACAGCAGAUGAUCGGCAGGUCAUUGAUGUUGAUCAUCGAUUAAGUCCGUGCUGACCUCACCCCAAUGAGUGGCCGUUGUGUACGACCCUACACCGAUCGAGUACCUCCGAAUUCUUCGCCUCCUGGUGAUGUAAUAUCAGUACAUUGUUAAAAAAUCGCUUCUGCCAUGUGGAAAAAAAUUUUGAAAUGUCGUUCAGCUAAUUUUCCCGUUGACCACUACCGGUUUUUUGACAUAUUGAUACUUCCAUGAAAUUUUACACAUGACAAGUUGUCUGCGAGGUCACUACACUGUACCCCUGGAACGAAAUUUUCUCCCUGUCUGAUUUUUUAUGACUCUGAUACUCCGCCCGUCCCAAUAUCGAUUGCUAUAUCGCUCCCAUGAGAAAAACUGAGACACAGAAAAUGAAAAUAAAGUGUAAUAG